AUGUCCUCCUUGUUCGAAAAGUGCCCAGCGUGCAAUGGAAAGACGUCUGGACGUUUAUUCUGUUCAUCUCCCUGCCGCUCCUCCUAUCUGUCGCCGUCCCACCUCCAAAAUCCAGGCGAUAACCGCGGGGACACAGCAAGACGGAAUUCUUCCGCUUUCCCGUUCGAAAUCGAACGUCCCCGAGCUCCGUUACGUAUAAAGACCUGCGAAGCUAUAUACACCAACCCGGGAGCCCAAAAAGUCAAUCCUAAAUCGCCUGCGCAGACCGGACUGCUCAGCCCGAGUGAACUCAAACAGUACGAAGAUUAUUUUGAUCAAGAUCGGACGCUGAAACGACGCAAUCUCUCGACUACGAGCACACAAGAUUAUCAGGUCACUGUUUUGCCAGCUGACGAAUGA